AGUGCAGUUUUGGAGUAGAUGGUGUGUUUUUCCCUCUGUUGUUUUCAGUUUUCACUGCGGCUCAGUGAAUUGGAGUAAAACCAAAUAAGUGUUUACAAGAGGAUCCAGCGUCUUCACAGCAUUACAGCAAACAGCCGGAUUAUAGUAACGUUACUGGAGCAAGACGGGCCAGCGGAGGGCUGUGUGGAGGAGCGGAUAUGCAGCAUUUUUAAAUCAGCAGUUCUGACAGAGAUCUGACUGAUUUUCCAGUUUAUCUGUGUUUUUUGGGUCGGCGUGGAUGAUACUGUUACCGCGAUUUUCUGAGAGUAAGUGCGGACUGUAUCGCGGAGUGUCGCCGCAGGAGUGAGCAGCGCCGCAGAGCCCGAGUCCUCCUCUCCCCGGAGCAGAUCAUACUGAGGCUCUGUGGGCUGUGGCCACUUGUUGAAAUCUGGAAUAAGUUUACCAGUUGGACACAGCAGGAUUAAAACAGUGGAAAGUCCGAAAACUAAACGAGUUAACAAGAGCUGUGUAUUUUUUCUAGUAACCUCAACUCCCUGAAUUACUUUACGUGUUAGGGUAAUUUAAAUUAAAAUCUGCAAGAAGGAAGGAGAUGGAACCUGUAGGAUGGCUGGCUAUUAGUUACUGAAUGCUGCCUGGAUGUAGGUUAAAGCUGUAGGUUGUACUUAAGAAACAGUAUAGGAAUAUAUCAGAGAGAACACCACAGAUACUGAAUCCACACAUUUGUAAAAUACUUCAGUCUGUAUUGAUCGCUAAGAUACAAGUAGGAGUUUAUGGUCCAGUUUCUGUAACAUAACUUGGCUAGCUGAAUAGACAAGCUGGCUUGCUAACAUUACAACUUAACGUAAACAAGCCAGCGAACAACGUAAAACGUCUGGAAGCAUUAAAGACAUACCGUUUUUAAAUUAGACUUUAAUCUUUAACUAUAAUUCUCAGAGACUGAGUGCUGAGUAUAGUUUGUCCACUUGCUGUAACUUUGUUAGCUAGCCAAGGUGGAUAACGUUACGGCUUAACGCAGCUAGCUUAGCUAACAGUGCAGUGCUGCUACACUAUCUUAUAAAUAUAAUUAACUUUACUGCUUGUUGUAAGAAAUAAGCUAGCGUUAGCCAGAUAUCUGUCUGUGAAUAUAGCUACUUUACUAGCAAUAGAACCAGUGAAAUAUCGUUAAACCGUAGCUAUGUAACAUUAGUUAGCUAGCUAGCUAACUAAGCCAUCUAGCUAAGUUACCUAAGCUGUGCUCUUCAAUUCAAACUUCUUAACAAAAUAUUAAUGUGCAGUUAAUAAUAAUCAAAGAUAAAGCCGCAUUUCUUAUGAUUAAAUUUGGUUUAGAUUGUCACAAACGUCUUCGACCCGAUAACCAUAUUAUGUUCAUUAUAAACUUGGUUUAGCUUUUCCCCCCAGUUCUGACAGCUCACUGACAGAGCACCUUCACAACAUCCAGUUUAUUUUAAUAGUGUUUUGCACCCUAAGCUCGCCAAAAUGUGGACAAUGAAAGGACAUCUGAAGUGUUUCUGAGUUUAAACUGCAAACAGGGUGUUGCUAAAUUGCGUUUUCCGCGAAAGUGUCCAUUUACACAAUUCCACGGCCCACCAUGUCCGGAUCCCCGGGCUCGAGUGGCUCCAACCCGCGGAAGUUCAGCGAGAAGAUCGCGCUACACAACCAGAAACAGGCCGAGGAGACGCGGGCCUUCGAGCAGCUAAUGACGGACCUCACCGUCUCAAGGGUCCAGUUUCAGAAGAUUCAGCAGCUACGUUUGUCUCAGAAUCGAGUUCAGUACUAUGGAGGUUCCCUCCCAAACGUCAACCAGAUCGGCAACGCCAGCACCGACUUCCAGGGCGCGUUUCCCUCUGCUCUCGAUUCAGUGAGAGGGACAAGACACCACGGCUUGGUGGAACGAGUCCAACGGGACCGCAACCGAAUUAACUCACCACACCGCAGACCUAUCGACAAACAUGGACGGCAGGCAGAGAGCUCUCCAUAUGGUACGGUGUACCUGUCGCCUCCACCAGACAACAGCUGGAGAAGGGAGCAGCAGCCCUGGACUGAGGAGAAACGGCCCGGGUUUAGAUUAAUAUCACAGCUCAACAGAACCAACUCGGACUCUGCUCUUCACACAAGUGCCAUGAACCCCAACCCACAGGAUCCCUUUGGUAUGAACCAGCAGAUGGGUAGAGGGCCCCCACAGCGUAAUGCCAGCAUCAAUGAAGCAGAGGUUGAUGGUACCGGCAAUGUCUUCUCAUUCCCUACCAUUCCUAAUGAGGAGAGUCUGAUUGGUGUGAGUAGGCCAUUGCCCAAGCAGCUCUGGGAAGCCAAAAAGGUGCAGUCUCUGUCUUCACGGCCCAAAUCCUGUGAAGUGCCUGGAAUCAAUAUAUUCCCAUCUCCAGAGCAGAAUGCUGGUCUUUCUCACUACCAGGGGAUGUUAAACACAGGCGGCUCUCUGCCUGACCUUAGUAACCUGCACUUCCCCUCUCCUCUGCCCACUCCCCUCGACCCUGAGGAGGUGGGAUAUCCUAAUCUGAGUGGGGGCAGCAGCACUGGAAACCUGCCUGCAGCCAUGAUGCACCUAGGCAUUGGAAAUUCUCAGGGCCUCUCCUCCUCUUUAAGCAACCCCUCCAUCCAGGCAUCGCUCACCAGCUCUCAGCUGCACUCAUCUCUCAGUAAUCCAUCCAUCCACUCGUCCCUGCGGCUUUCUUCGCUCUCCAACCCUCCUCCAGGGGCCAUGGCCACCUCGCCCAGGAGACGCCCUGCCCCCAUAAGCCCUCUAACUCUUUCUCCUGGGUCUGAGCAGCGCCGCAGCUUGGGGAAGCAGCUGUCGCCCACCAUGUCGCCCUCUCUCUCCCCAAUCACUCAGGGGGUUGCUUUGGACACCAGCAACCUACCAAUGGAGCCACCUCCUCCCUACCCACUCUACCAGCAAUCUCAGCAGCCCUUACAGCAGCAAUCUCCCCAGUCCCAUUCAUCCAUGCAGCAGGGCUCCCAGCAUGCUGUGGGGCAACAGCGUCAACCUCAAGGAGGGCAACAGCCUCCUGUUUCUCCUCUACAGAAUGUACACCUGGACUUCAACUCUGCAGCUCCAAACAACAUUGAUGUGUUUUGCAAUGACCCGUUCAUGGAUCCACAGUUUUCUGGUCGCCAGUCCAAGUGCCUGUCCUAUCAGGACCAAUACAGCACAUUGGAGCAUGCCAUGAGCUCUGUGGCAGGAGGAUUUGACCCGUCCUCUAAUAUUUACUGCUCCCAGUCGUCCCUCAUGGGCCUGGGUGGUAGUCAUGGUAACCUCCAGGACCCUUUGCCAAUGAAGCCCAACAUGUUGUACUCUAACUGUGGAGGAGUUCCCAACAUCAUUCUUACAGAUGAUUCUAACCCCAGCCUGUCUAAAGACAUCAGCAGUGUGUUAUCAGCAGUUCCAGAGUGUUUUGAUUCCGAAGGAGUUUUCCCCCUGGAGGACGAGCUUCGCAUCGAGCCCCUCAGCUUGGAUGGACUGAGCAUGCUCAGUGACCCUGACAUGGUUCUGCCAGACCCCUCAGUGGAGGACAGCUUCCGCAGUGACAGACUCUGAAGAGGGACAUUCGGACCCACCUAUUCAUACUCACCUAGUGUUUCUAUCUCUCUCCCACUCUCUCUCAUGUUACACAGACACACAGUUGCAUUUGGAGCAGCUUCUCCCCCAAGCACUUGAACUCCAGCAGCAAUGCCCUACCCUGCUUUAUACAAACUCUGACAUGCACUUGUUGAUAUGAAGCUAAACAUACUGUUCUUAAUAAAAAUUGUGUACAUUCAACACACAGACACUACAUCCUAAUGGAAAAAGACUGGUGAGCUGGUUACUGAGACUGGCACAAAAAUGGCAUCUCUCAGGGUCAUUCUCACUCUGUGUUCUCCAUCUGCCGCUCAAAUCAGUGAUGAUUUUAAUACAGAGCAGAGAGCUCAGAAGGGAAGGUGGAGAUGUGUGAAAAUCAGUCUGGCGGCUUUACGUAAAUAUGCCACACCUGGAACAAGCCUGGUACCCUGCUUGGGAUCACUGAACAUCCCAGAGACUCUGAUUAUGAAUUAAUUGUGAAUUGACUAACAAAGCAUGGUGAACAUGCAUUUUAUCUUGGUAGCAAAAAGACCUUUCAGGAGCACCACCAGGAUCACUGUGGUUAUAUUUUCAAUGCCUUAGUUCUUGAUGCCCUGCGUGUUGCAGUGAUUCCUGACUGUGGCUAGUAAAUUACGCAAAUUUGCAUCAAAACGAUUGUGAUUCCUUACGAGGAAAUGUGACAAUCAGAUCCUAGACAAUACCUGCACUGUCGGAAUGUGUCUGUUCUGGUCUCCUCCAACUUGCUGUAACCAAAAGAAUGUCAGCAUGUUUUGGAUGUUCCCGGAAAGCAGAAGAAGGUUUAGCUGAUCAUAUGCCACAUGGUUUGCACCAGCACCGUCUUUCCUCCCUAAUCUACCCUGUUGCCACUUGUCUACUCCUCUCCCGUCUUUUUUGUCCUUUUGAAACAGGAUGGAGUUUUUAACACAUGCUUGGCUGAUGUCCUGACCAAAGAAAGACUGCUGUGUGUGUGUGUGUGUGUGUGUGUGUGUGUGUGUGUGGGCAUGUGCGCUCUAGAGCAGUAAUUGGUAAUAGGUGAAUCAUAAGACAAGUUAAAAGCCAUUCAGUCAAAUGUUAACAUCAAUUGAUCAACUCUCCUAUAUCUUAGAACAGUAAAGAGAGAUCAGGGGAUCGGUCAUUUUUGUACAGAACAUUUAUUUCUUUUCUUUGAAUAUAUUGUUUUUUAUUGUAAGGAUUAUAAGAGAUACAUUUGCCACAAAUAUAUAAUUUCAGUCUAACUAGAAUGUAUUUUUAAACAGAUAAAAGGGAAAACUGUUUACAAAAAGUUUAAGGACUAAAAUGUUUAAAAAAGAAAUUGAAUAUUUUGUAAUUUUGGUAUCAUUUUAAAAGAAUAUAUUUGUAUCCUUUAUUGGUCCAGUUAGAUACAGGUGAAUGGAAUCCUUUCUUAUGCUAUGCAGAAUUGGAGUCGUUCCAUGAACAUCUCUCUCUCUAUAUAUAUAUAUAUAUAUAUAUAUAGAGAGAGAGAGAGAGAGAGAGAGAGAAGCAAUUAAUUGAUCCCUGCUGUUUUUUUCAAGUUUACACUCUUACAAAGAUACAACAGUCUUUGUGUCUCUUUGUGUCUCUGUUUUUACAGAGAAACUGACAUAAUAUUUAAAAAAUCCAGAAAAAAAAUGAAAAAAAAAUUACAAAUGAACUUUUUUUUGAUUAAGUAAAAUAAGUAUUUGAUCCCCUAUCAAACUACAAUAAUUCUGCUCCCCCACAAACCAGUUAUGUUUCAAAGUAGUUUUGUCCCUUUAAAAAACUCCACUGGAGUUUGUUAAUGAUCUCAUGGGAGCUGGGAGCAUAGUCACCAAGAAAACUAUUUAUAACUUGUUUCUCUUUAAUAGACAUCCUGCAUUGCCUCUGCUCAAGAAGGCUUAUGUACAGCCAAUCUAAAGUUCCCCACCAUGAACCUUAGAGGUCUUCAUCUUGCGUUGGGGCUUUUUCUGAGCUUAGGGUACAGGAAGACUUAACCACAUGACUGAGAACCUCCUUGCCUCAGCCAGAACACUGAAAAUGGGUCCAGCAUGACAUUGACCCAAAUGUAUGGCCAUGGCAACAAAAAAUGUGGUCUAACCAGUCUCCAGUACAUAAUCCUAUAGAGAAUCUGUGGAGAGAGCUCACAACUUCAGGAUUGGAGAUUUUCUGUAAAGAGGAGUGAAGCCCAAUCUGGUGACGAACUACAAGAAACAUAUGACCUCAGUGCUUACCAACAAAGUUUUUUGCACCAAGUACUAAGUCACAUUUUGCCUGAGAAUUAAAUACUUAUUUCACCUAAUCAAAUUCAUACAUUAAUUUAUAACCUUUAUUUAAUGUUUUUAUUCUGGAUUUUUGGUUAUCUCUCUCUAUUGAAACAAUCAUGAUUGUGUCUUAAUUUACAUUUUAUUUUGACUUGCAAUAUGUGUCAUUUGUUUUUGUUUCUAUUGGUUUUGAUUCGCUCUGAGCUUUCUGUAUGGGUGUUCUUUGUGGUAACUUGCUCUGUGAUUAAGAUGUUUAAAUAGUGGACAUGGUAUACAUUAGCCACUGCUAAUGCCAAUUGCUUGGUUUCAGUGUUUGCACUGGUUGCUGAAACAAAGCUUACCAUUUUCGAUGUGUGAUGUAAAUUCUGUCCCCAUGUUGGCCAUUCGUUUCUGGUCACUGUUUUUUUGCACACUGUGUAUGCCUUUGGAACGGAUGCACUUUGGAAUUCAUUUUUAUUUUUGUAAUUGUGUUUUGUGUUUUUGUUUUGCUUUGCUUUGCUUUUAGACCCAAAUGACCAUAACAUUUUCACAUGAAAUUGUAGUGCAAUAAUAUUGCUCUUAAAUGCAUAUCCAGUCCUAUCAGUAGUUUUAUAUUUGUGUGUUGGGCUGAGAGUAGUAAAAUCUCUAAAAUGA